CGCCUCUGAUUGGCGUGGUGUGAAAAUGGUUUCGCACCCAAUUAAAGGAAGAAACGCCUUUGUCUGCUUUGUGGGCAGCACAAAGACAGCAACGGCUAAUGGAUGUCAAAGAAAUAAAAGUCUUCAUACUCUCGGUCUCCCCAAGAAAUUGACAUAUUAAAAUUCACUUCGGUAGUGAUCUUGAUCAAUGGAGAGUAUUUACUCUGAAGACGAGCUAGAUCAACUGAGCGAGAGGUUCGAGAGUUACAGUUUGAGUGCGGAUGUGAGCGAAUCUGAGAGCUCUAGUAACUUUUCGUGUCGACAGCGGUACGAUUGUGAAGGCGCGUCCACUUCUUUGACUUCUUCGCCGCUCGGCGGACAUUAUUUUGCAGAGAAUUUCGGUCCUACAUCUCCAAUUCAUAUUAUGCUGCCCGUCGUAGGUGAUAGACAUGUGAUCCCGCCUAAGAUAAUACAGAAACCGAAUACUGACUCAACUGAAAUUGAAUUGAUGAAGGAGCGUUUUGCAAAGCUUUUGCUUGGAGAAGACAUGUCAGGUGGAGGGAAGGGAGUUUGUACUGCGCUGGCCCUCUCCAAUGCCAUAACAAAUCUUUCUGCUUCUGUGUUUGGAGAGCUGUGGAAGUUAGAACCAUUGGCCCCGCAGAAGAAGUCAAUGUGGUAUCGGGAAAUGGAAUGGCUUUUGUGUGUAAGUGACUCCAUAGUAGAACUUAAUCCAUCAUUGCAAGAAUUUCCAGGCGGUGGGACUUUUGAGGUUAUGGUGACACGGCCCCGCUCGGAUCUUUUUGUGAACCUCCCUGCACUUAAAAAACUUGAUGCCAUGUCGCUUGGCAUUCUCGAUGGUUUUCAGGAUUCUGAGUUUUACUAUGUAGACCGCGGAUUAGUAGUUGAUGGUGCUGAUGAGAAUGAAGUAUCUCCUCUACAGUCAUCCUCUGGGAGACCUUCAUUCCGGCAGGAAGAGAAAUGGUGGCUCCCAUUUCCUAAGGUUCCCCAAAAUGGUUUGUCAGAAGAUGUGCGGAAGAGGUUGCAGCAGUGUAGGGAGUGCACCAAACAGAUCCUCAAGGCUGCCAUGGCAAUUAAUAGCAAUGCAUUGGCUGAGAUGGAUGUGCCGAAUGCAUACUUGGAGAGCUUGCCCAAGAGUGGAAAAGAUUGUUUAGGUGAGAUAAUGUAUCGCUACAUAACUGCCUCUCAGUUCUCUCCUGAGUGCCUCCUUGAUUACUUAGACUUGUCAUCGGAAUAUACCACUUUGGAAAUUGCAAACAGAAUUGAGGCAGCUGCACACAUUUGGAGGCAGAAAUACCUGAAAAGAAAGUUAGUCCACGCAAAGGUUAAAAGACCAUCAUGGGGUAGCAAGGUCAAAGGUUUUAGUGGUCAUAUUGAAAAAUAUAAGCUUCUAGCAUUACGAGCUGAAACCCUCUUACAAAACUUAAAACUGCAAUUUCCCAGCCUCCCACAGACUGCUUUAGACAUGAACAAGAUUCAGCAUAACAAGGACGUAGGACAAUCCAUCCUUGAGAGUUAUUCGAGAGUAAUGGAGAGCUUAGCCUUCAACAUUAUGGCUAGGAUUGAUGAUCUCCUAUAUGUGGAUGAUGUGAGAAAGCAGCAGCAUGGUGCAACAGAGUCUAGAUCUCUGUAUGGCCGGGGAACAUUUGAUGGAGCACUUCCUAAACAAAAGCAGAUAUCACGUAGCCCGUUUUCAAUUGAGAACAAUCCAUGUGCUUCUCCAUUUACAAAACCAAGCUUUUCUUGCUCUGCUAGCGCAACCAUUAGGAGCUCUGACAGAAGGAAACAACAGUCAAUAAAGAAGGGCUCGCCGGAUGAGAGACUAGAACGGCUACUAACCUUCUAAUCAUGCAGAAAGAGAAUGAUCUCUUUAAGGUUUGCUUCACCUUAAGCUUCUAAUAGGGUUCCUGAUCUAUAUUAAGAUGACUCAUGUCACUAAAUCCAUCUGGACGUUUUUUCUGUAAGCUAGAUUGAUCUUGAAACAUACUAGUCACUGAAUGCAAUGCUGUAACUAUUUCCUUAGAACAUUAGCAGAAACCUUCUCAGGUCCUGAAUAUGUAUCUUCUCAUGAGAUGGAGUAUUAAUGGACAUCUCCUUCAACCCUUUUCAGAAGGAUGAGAGAAAAAUGAACUCAACAUGGAUUCCCAUCUCGUUUAAUUUGGGUGAAGAUCCAAAGUUUUCGGGUACAA